GCCGACGUGUCCCUCCGGAAGAGGAGCGACUGGGACCGUAGCGACAUGGCACCUCCGGCUCCCGGGCCGGCCUCCGGCGGCUCCGGGGAAGUGGACGAGCUGUUCGACGUGAAGAACGCCUUCUACAUUGGCAGCUACCAGCAGUGCAUUAACGAGGCGCAGCGAGUGAAGCCCUCAAGCCCGGAGAGAGACGUGGAAAGGGAUGUCUUCCUGUACAGAGCGUACCUUGCACAGAGGAAGUAUGGUGUAGUCCUGGAUGAGAUCAAGCCCUCCUCAGCCCCCGAGCUCCAGGCCGUGCGCAUGUUCGCUGAGUACCUGGCCAACGACAGCCAGAGGGACUCGAUCGUUGUCGAGCUGGACCGGGAGAUGAGCAGGAGCGUGGACGUGACGAACACCACCUUCCUGCUGAUGGCUGCCUCCAUCUACUUCCAUGACCAGAACCCAGAUGCAGCCCUGCGUACUCUGCACCAGGGGGACAGCCUGGAGUGCAUGGCCAUGACUGUGCAGAUCCUACUGAAGCUAGACCGCCUGGAUCUUGCCAGGAAGGAGCUGAAGAAAAUGCAGGACCAGGACGAGGAUGCGACCCUCACUCAGCUGGCCACUGCGUGGGUCAAUCUGGCUGUGGGUGGCGAGAAGCUGCAGGAUGCCUACUACAUCUUUCAGGAAAUGGCUGACAAAUGCUCAUCCACCCUGCUGCUGCUCAACGGGCAGGCGGCCUGCCACAUGGCCCAGGGCCGAUGGGAGGCUGCCGAAGGGGUGCUCCAGGAGGCUCUGGACAAGGACAGUGGCCACCCGGAGACACUGAUCAACCUCAUCGUCCUGUCACAGCACCUGGGCAAGCCACCCGAGGUGACAAACCGCUACCUGUCCCAGCUGAAGGACGCACACAGGUCCCACCCCUUUAUCAAGGAGUACCAGGCCAAGGAGAACGACUUUGACCGGCUGGUGCUGCAGUAUGCUCCCAGCGCCUGAGGCCGGCUGCAGGCUGGUUCCCAAGCCGGGGAACAGCGAGGCUGGGCAUGCUGCCCCCACUGCCAGGCACCCAUCCUCUUGUGCUCUUGGUUGCUCUGGCUAGAGGUGAAGGCUCGAGGCUCAGCCUGACCAGGGCCCCUUUUGUCAAUAAAUAUCUCCACCUGA